AUGUGGCAACUAUCGGUUCUCUUGCUUGUGGCUACGGCUUCUGCCCAAAUACCAUCGCUGGGAUGGUGCCCGGAUUAUCAGCCGAUGGCAAACUUCAACAUCAACCGAUUCCUGGGCAACUGGUUUGAAGAGGAGCGUUACUUCACGGUGUCGGAGCUGGGCACACGGUGUGUCAACACCAAGUACGAGUCAACACCAGAGGGCAGGAUCGUUGUCUCCAACGAAAUCACUAAUUCAUUGACGGGAAUGAAGCGGGUUCUUGAAGGAACUCUUCAGAUGAUUGGACGUGAAGGCGAAGGUCGUAUGGUGAUCAAGUAUGCGUCUCUUCCUGUGCCAUAUGACAACGAAUUCGUCAUCCUGGAUACAGAUUAUGACAACUACGCUGUCAUGUGGGCUUGCAGUGGGGUCGGACCUGUGCAUAUACAAAACGCCUGGAUUUUAACACGUGAACGCCUUCCAACUCUACAAUUAAUGCAAAAUGCGUACGGAGUCCUUGACAGGUUCAAGAUCUCCAGAACAUUCUUCGUAAAGACCAACCAAGCUGACUGCAACAUCCUACCUCAACCUGCAGCCGAGCCAUUGGAUUUGAAGAAUGACGUCAUCAUCGAUGCCAAGAACGCUGUUCCAGAGUUAAAAGCCGAGGCGGUGGGUUCAGUUAAGAUUUUGGAACGAUCAGCCAUCCCAGAGGUGAUGGAGCCAGCAAAACCCAUGAAUAUGCCUGAGGCUGAAAAGAAAGACGAGAAAAUGGAAAAACCUAUGGAAAUCAAAGAGGAGAUAAUCAAGAAGGAGGAUAUGCUGAAGAAAGAUGACAUGAUGAAGGAAGAAAUGAUGAUAAAAGAGGAUAUGAAAAAGGAAGAGAUGAUAAAAGAAGAGAUGAAAAAAAAGGAAGAAAUUAAGAAGGAAGUUAUGGAAAAGAAAGAAAAAGCAAAAAGGCCUAGUUAA